GUUUCAGUUUCUCUCUCGAUGAGUCAACAUUACCUGUUUUCUGUUAACGGAAUAUAAAGUGAACUGUUUUCUUCUCUCUCUCUCUCUAUUAAUAUAACUUUUAAUUUCUAUUCUUCAACUUAAUGGUGAUGACAAUUAACUUUAAUUCGGUUGCCAAUUUAUAUUGGAUUUAAUUGUGUUUCUAAUUUGGAUACUUCCAAUCAUCUCUCUGUCUUGAAAAGUGAUUUUUCUUUUCUUCUCUAAUUGCAUCUUCUCUUCUUCUCUUUUUUUUAUUCUUCUUAAAUUCUCUUUGGAAUUUUCUUUUUGAAAGUUGGUCACUUUUAGAAUUUUGUUUAUCUCCUUCUUUUGGAAUGUUGGUUCAAACUUAUCCUCAACUAACAUCUUCAUCUUCAUCACCUUCCAUCCAACCACCACAUCCACCUACAAAUGGGAUUAACUGUUCAACUCGGAUUGUUCGUCUUCGUCGGGUUGGUAAUUCACCAUUGGGUUUCUCUAUUAGAGGAGGUUGGGAACAUGGGACAGGAAUUUUCAUAUCGGAAGUACAUCCAGGAUCAGAAGCUCAAUUGGAAGGAUUAAAGCCUGGUGAUCAAAUACUUCGAGUAAAUGGUUUCAUCAUUGAACAAGCAAUUCAUGAGGAAGUAAUCGCUUUAAUCAAAUCAUCUUCACGGAUUACAUUAAAAGUUAAAUCAGUGGGAAUGAUACCAAUUAAAUCAAAUCGUUCAGAAACUCUUUCAUGGAAACUGGUUGAUACUUUAACAUCAUCAUCAUCACCAACAAACCACUCCAAUGGGAAAAGUUUAACUUCAACAGUCAACAAUAAUAAUAGUAAAAAUAACAAUAGUGGUAACAACAGUUCCAAUAGUAGUGCUGUUAGUAGUUUAAGCGUUGAUAGUAACAGUAAUAGUAGUGAUCAUAGUGCUACUAAUUUGGUACAUCAUCCCAAUCAUCAUCAACUUUUACAUCGAUCUCAUCAUCAUCAUAAUCAUUCACAUCAUCGAGGACCACCACCACCGCCACCCUGUCCAGUUCACUCUGUAGGUAACUGGUCAACUGGUUCCUCUUCAAAGUCUCCCUCAUCUGCACGAUCUUCUCUCUCCUCUAGUCGAUCAUCUGAAGAUCAUUCUGGUCCAGACAAAGAUUUAUUCACUUCAUACGGUUUAACUCAUGGUGAUUAUAUGGAAGCAAGAGUUUUCAUUCGUAUUGCUCCCGGUCAAGGUUUAGGAUGUUCAGUGGUCAAAGGUCCAUCCAAUUAUCCAGGUAUUUUUGUACAAACAAUUAAAGAAGGUGGUAUUGCUCAAGAAUCUGGAUUAGAAGUUGGUGAUCAGAUAAUCGCUAUGAACGGUUUAUCCAUGGAACCAGGAGAUAUUGAAUUUAAUGAAGCCAUAGCACGAAUUAAAUCAGCCUCUCAAAUGACCUUAACGGUCCGUAAAAAGUCAGGUCUUUCUCUAUUUCAACAACAACAACACCAAUCGAAUGGAACACCAACAACACCAACAAAUGGACUUCAUCAUUCUCACCAUAAUAAUCAUUAUCAUUAUCCUAAACACCGAGUCAAAGCUAUAGUCCAUUCACCGCCAACUACAACAUCAACAACAACACCAACAAAAACAAAUGGUACAACUGGAAGUGGCAUAUCAAAAGCUACAGCAGCCGCUGCAGUAGCUGCUGCCGUGGAGGAAAUUUAUCACUCUCCAUUGUCCAACAAUCAUCAUCAUCACCAUCACCACCAUCAUUCAUCUGAAUCAUCUUCAGCUUCCUCUUUCAAUGGACCCUCUCGUUUUUAUGCUCCCUCGGAACAUGAUUAUUCCCUUUCAGAAGUUGAAUCAAAUGGUAAUGACGUGAUGAUGAAACUUCCCUUAGAACGUGAAUCAACCCCUUCUCCAACAACAAUAACAACAACAUGUAAUGGAAAAGUUGGUUCACCUAUGGAUAAAGUUUUACUUCUCGAUGGUGGACGUCGAGUAAUUACCACAGUAAAUGACCCAAACCUUACUAAUGGUCAAGGACGACAUGAUGUUUCCGCAGCGGCAGCUUUAAUCUAUGAUAAGGUUCGCCGAGAAGAGGAAAGAUUAGCUGAAGAGAAAAAGAAAUUAGAAUCGGAACAGAAAAGAUUACAAUGUGAAUUAGAAAAGUUGGAAAAAGAAAGGAAACAAUUGGAAAAUUUGAAGCCACAAGACGAUUCCAAAUCAAUCUCAUCUACAAGUACGAUCUCCGGAAGCGGAAAUCCAUCGAUUUCUUCAUCAAAUGGAUCAAAUUCACAAAUGGGUUUUCUCGAUGAGAUUAAAAAAUUAGCGGAAAAACGAAGCUCAGAAAAUGGCCUGAUCACCGAUACACUUAACAAAACUCGAAACCUCGAGAAAAUGUUAACCAAAGGCCCGAAAACAAGUUGUAUCUCAGGCCAAGAUGAUGAGAACCGAAAGCGACACGAAUUGUUAAUGGAAGAGUUUAGAGCUGCUCAUUCAAAAAUGUUCGGAUCGGGAGAGAGAAAACUUCGUGAAGUGAUCAAGAGUAACGGAUUAAUCAAUGGAAACAAUAAAGAUGAGAAAUUAUCAUCUAAUCAACAGAUUAACGGAAAAACUAAUCAACAAACCCAAGAAUCAAAGUUAAAACAUUUAAAAUGUGAACCAAAUGUUAUCAAUGGAAACGUAACAAAUGGACAAUCAAACCAUUCAAAUGAUAAUAAUCACCAUUCAAAUAAUUGCGUCACCAAUAAUAAUAAUAUCAUCAAUGGUCAUCAUUUACAAAACAAUAAUAAAAAUAAGCUCAUCAAGGGUCCAGUUACUUCAACUAAAUCAAUACCACCUCCUAUUCAACAAUCAAUUACCAAUUCAAACGGGGAAACAGUGACCAUCCUUAGGACCACGAGUCCAUGUAAAAAGUUGAUCCCACCUCCGGUUCCGGUUAAAAAGGCCUCAAGCAGUCCGAUAGUGACCAUAUCAAGCUACGAAUCACAUAAUUCCUGUAAAAAUAGAUUCCUAAUUAAUAACAGUAAUCAUACUGACCAAUCUAAUGGUAUUGAUGGACAUGAGAAUGAGUCAUCUAAUCAUUUUAAUACUAAAUCAAAUUUGGUUACUGUUGAUGGUAAAACAAUUGUCGGUGUUGGAGAUGAAAGAAAUGAAAUUAUAACCAAUGGAUUAACAAUUAACAAUGAAAUUAACAAGGAAUCAUCAGCAACAAUAUUAACAACUUCAUCAUCAACGGGAACAAGACCUGUUUCAAUUAAAAUUAAUUUACAAUAAUAUCAAAUUGGGUGCCAACAAUUUACCAAAGGAGAGAGAGAGAGAGUUGAUUUAAUUUGAUUUUUUUACCACAAUCAGAAAUCAAAGGCUUAUUAUUUACAUAAAUAUACAGAAAUAUCAAUCUAAUUGUACAUUGAUUAUUAUUAUUAUAUAUUGAUUUUAACUUAAUUAACAACUCUGAUUUGUUUCCAUCAAUUAAGGUGAUUCAAUUUAAUCAUUUAAAUUGUUUCACUCUAAUUGUAACUGUAAUUGACUUUUUAAACACUAAUUCAUGAUUAA